UCAUCAGGAUUAUUAUGUAGAUACCACGUUCGUACAGUUGCUAUCGAUGUCUAGAUUAGAUACACAUUUUAAUUAAUUUACUCACAUGCGACCUAUUUCUUACAGUUAAAUGCUGCAACAAUAUAAUCCUAUGACUUAAAAACUGUAAUAAUUGCUAAAUUUAGAGUGCAGUGACACCUAGCUUAUGGUGUAACUAGUUUUCGAUUGUACAGUCCAAGAAAUUUCAUCUCGAAAAUACCACCAUUUUUAGAAUGUUUCUUUGUUUCAGUGGUGUGCUGCGGACAGUGUAAGGCAAAUUAAUUUGCUAUCGCUAGAUUGCAAGCACGAUUCGCUUUUUGGUUUUAAAAGCCCUAUUAUUUGAUUGUGACAAGUACUUAAGUGUCUGCCGUUCGCGACCUGCGACUAUUCAGAAGCUCCAAGGAAUUGCACUUAAAAUGUGAGACAAAUUUACAGAAGUUCCAUCGCAGUCCGUAGAUAAAUAUGUGAGUGUAUCUGGGAUGUAAGACCAUUGACUUGUGAUUAUCGGGUUAACUUUGCAGUUGCAACCACAAGAUGUCCACGCCUGUGCUGUCUGAAGAUGAAUUAGGAAAGAAAUGGGAUAAGUGUCUUACGGAUUCUAUGCUGAAACUGGGUGGAGGCCUGCUGAUAGGUGCCACAUUCUCAGUCCUGUUUUUCAGAAGGAGGCCAUGGCCACUUAUACUUGGUACAGGAUUUGGUCUUGGAAUGGCUUAUGCAAAUUGUGAGAGGGACCUUAAUGCUACAUUCCAGUCAAAGCCAAAGCAAUGACGGUGGACAUAUGGCCAUAGACUGCCACAAUUCCUCCUCUGCCUCUGUACUUUACAUGCAGACAGAAGAGUUGCCAGCCUUCAUAGUGAAAGAAUUGUUGAAAAUAGUGUAAAAUAUUUAAAUUAAAUUGUAUUUGCUUUCUUA